AAUCGUAAAGAAACGUAAAACGCAUCUGUGAAUCGAAAGAGUUUACGCACAACGUGCACUGUCGUUUACUUGUGCGCCAUUCCGCAGAUCCUACUCAGCAGAGAAGCCCAUUCACUGGAUUGAUACUGUUUUUAAACAAACUAAGUAGACGCUGCCAUGGCAGCUGCAUUCCCAUACAGAGGUGUUCCUGGAACAAUGCCUCCAGGUGUUCCUCCACCACCUCCUGCUGCUGCUCCAAUACCAGAUUAUAUGACGGAGGAGAAACUGCAAGAGAAAGCCCGCAAAUGGCAGCAGCUGCAGGCAAAGCGCUACUCGGAGAAGAGGAAAUUUGGCUUUGUAGACACCCAGAAAGAGGACAUGCCACCUGAGCAUGUUCGCAAGAUCAUCAGGGAUCAUGGUGACAUGACGAACAGGAAAUUCCGUCAUGACAAGAGGGUCUACCUCGGUGCACUGAAAUAUAUGCCACAUGCUGUGCUCAAACUGCUGGAGAACAUGCCCAUGCCAUGGGAGCAAAUCAGAGACGUUCCUGUCCUUUACCACAUUACAGGCGCCAUUUCCUUUGUAAAUGAAAUCCCAUGGAUUAUAGAGCCAGUGUACAUUGCUCAGUGGGGCUCAAUGUGGAUCAUGAUGCGUCGAGAGAAAAGAGACAGGCGACACUUCAAACGCAUGCGUUUCCCUCCAUUCGAUGAUGAAGAACCUCCGUUGGACUACGCAGACAACAUUCUGGAUGUGGAGCCUCUAGAAGCAAUCCAGAUGGAACUGGACAACGAGGAGGACUCUUCUGUUGCAGAGUGGUUGUAUGAGCAUAAACCCCUGAAAGAUUCUAACAAAUACGUGAACGGGACCACAUACAGACGUUGGCAGUUCACUUUGCCAAUGAUGUCCACUCUGUACCGCUUGGCCAAUCAGCUGAUGACAGAUUUGGUGGAUGACAACUACUUCUACUUGUUUGACUUGAAGGCUUUUUUCACCUCGAAAGCUUUAAACAUGGCCAUUCCUGGUGGUCCCAAGUUUGAGCCGCUUGUCAGAGACAUUAACCUCCAGGAUGAAGACUGGAAUGAAUUCAAUGACAUCAACAAAAUCAUCAUCAGGCAGCCAGUCAGGACAGAGUACAAAAUUGCAUUCCCUUACCUGUACAACAACCUGCCACAUCAUGUGCACCUCACAUGGUACCACACACCCAACGUGGUAUUCAUCAAAACUGAGGAUCCUGAUCUGCCCGCAUUCUACUUUGACCCUCUGAUCAACCCCAUCUCUCACAGACACUCUGUCAAAAGCCAAGAGCCAUUGCCAGAUGACGAUGAGGAGUUCGAGCUACCGGAGUAUCUUGAGCCAUUCUUGAAGGAGACGCCACUCUACACUGACAACACAGCUAAUGGCAUUGCAUUGCUGUGGGCGCCUCGUCCAUUUAAUCUUAGAUCAGGAAGAACCAGACGAGCCAUUGAUGUUCCUCUCAUCAAAAACUGGUAUCGUGAGCACUGCCCUGCAGGCCAGCCUGUGAAGGUGCGUGUGUCCUACCAGAAGCUUCUGAAGUACUACGUGCUUAACGCUUUGAAACACAGACCCCCUAAGGCACAGAAGAAGAGAUACCUGUUCCGUUCUUUCAAGGCCACCAAAUUCUUCCAGUCUACAAAGCUGGACUGGGUAGAGGUUGGCCUCCAGGUGUGCCGGCAGGGCUACAACAUGCUGAACCUGCUGAUUCACAGAAAGAACCUGAACUACCUCCACUUGGACUACAACUUCAACUUGAAGCCUGUCAAGACCCUCACAACAAAGGAACGUAAAAAGUCCAGAUUCGGAAAUGCGUUCCAUUUGUGCCGUGAAGUUCUUCGGUUGAGCAAGCUUGUGGUGGACAGCCAUGUGCAGUACAGACUUGGCAACGUCGAUGCUUUUCAGUUGUCUGAUGGGCUGCAGUACAUUUUCGCCCAUGUGGGUCAGCUGACCGGCAUGUACCGCUACAAGUACAAGCUGAUGAGGCAGAUCAGAAUGUGCAAAGACUUGAAGCAUCUCAUCUACUACCGCUUCAACACAGGACCAGUUGGGAAAGGUCCAGGAUGUGGCUUCUGGGCUCCAGGAUGGAGAGUCUGGCUGUUCUUCAUGAGAGGCAUCACCCCUCUUCUGGAGAGGUGGCUUGGCAACCUUCUGGCCAGGCAAUUUGAGGGUCGACAUUCCAAGGGUGUUGCCAAGACUGUGACCAAACAGCGUGUUGAGUCUCACUUUGACUUAGAAUUGAGAGCUGCUGUGAUGCACGACAUCCUGGACAUGAUGCCUGAAGGCAUCAAACAGAACAAAGCCAGGACCAUCCUGCAGCAUCUCAGUGAGUCAUGGAGGUGCUGGAAGGCCAACAUCCCUUGGAAGGUUCCGGGACUUCCAACCCCUAUCGAGAACAUGAUCCUCCGCUACGUGAAGGCUAAAGCUGACUGGUGGACCAACACGGCUCACUACAACCGUGAGAGAAUCAGGCGAGGAGCCACUGUGGAUAAGACAGUGUGCAAGAAGAACUUGGGACGUCUCACUCGACUCUACCUCAAAGCAGAGCAAGAGAGGCAACAUAACUACCUGAAGGAUGGUCCCUACAUCACUGCUGAGGAGGCCGUGGCCAUCUACACCACCACAGUGCACUGGCUGGAGAGUCGGCGGUUCUCUCCAAUCCCCUUUCCUCCUCUCUCAUAUAAACACGAUACUAAACUGCUUAUCCUGGCUCUGGAGAGACUGAAAGAAGCUUACAGUGUGAAGUCGAGGCUGAACCAGUCACAGCGUGAGGAGUUGGGUCUGAUCGAGCAGGCCUACGACAACCCUCACGAGGCCUUGUCCAGAAUCAAACGUCACCUCCUCACUCAGAGAGCCUUCAAAGAGGUGGGUAUUGAGUUCAUGGACCUAUACAGUCACUUGGUACCGGUUUAUGACGUUGAACCACUGGAGAAGAUCACUGAUGCAUACUUGGAUCAGUACCUGUGGUAUGAAGCAGACAAGCGCAGACUUUUCCCACCCUGGAUCAAACCAGCUGACACUGAGCCUCCUCCACUACUAGUAUACAAAUGGUGCCAAGGUAUCAACAACUUGCAGGAUGUGUGGGAGACGACAGAAGGAGAGUGUAACGUCAUGUUGGAAUCUCGCUAUGAGAAGAUGUAUGAGAAGAUUGACUUGACACUGCUGAACAGGCUUCUGCGUCUCAUUGUGGAUCACAACAUUGCUGAUUACAUGACAGCCAAAAACAAUGUUGUCAUCAAUUAUAAGGACAUGAAUCACACCAACUCUUACGGUAUCAUCCGCGGGCUGCAAUUCGCCUCUUUCAUCGUGCAGUACUACGGGCUUGUCAUGGACCUACUGGUGCUGGGUCUGCACAGAGCCAGUGAGAUGGCUGGACCUCCGCAGAUGCCCAAUGAUUUCCUCAGCUUCCAGGACACUGUAACCGAGAGUGCCCAUCCCAUUCGACUUUACUGCAGAUACAUAGAUCGUAUUCACAUCUUUUUCAGGUUCUCUGCUGAUGAGGCAAGAGAUUUAAUCCAGAGGUACCUGACUGAGCAUCCCGACCCCAACAAUGAAAACAUUGUGGGCUAUAACAAUAAGAAAUGCUGGCCGCGAGAUGCUAGAAUGAGGCUGAUGAAACAUGAUGUGAAUUUGGGCCGUGCUGUGUUCUGGGACAUCAAGAAUCGCCUUCCCCGUUCUGUAACCACAGUUCAGUGGGAGAACAGCUUUGUGUCAGUUUACAGUAAGGACAACCCUAACCUGCUUUUCAACAUGUGUGGCUUUGAGUGUCGCAUUUUGCCCAAGUGCCGCACCAGCUAUGAGGAGUUCACGCACAAAGAUGGUGUCUGGAAUUUGCAGAAUGAGGUAACAAAAGAGAGGACAGCGCAGUGUUUCCUGCGUGUGGAUGAUGAGUCGAUGCAGAGGUUCCACAACAGAGUUCGGCAAAUUCUUAUGGCCUCUGGGUCCACAACUUUCACUAAGAUUGUGAACAAGUGGAACACCGCUCUGAUUGGUCUGAUGACCUACUUCCGUGAAGCAGUGGUCAACACACAGGAGCUUCUGGACCUUUUGGUGAAGUGUGAGAACAAAAUCCAAACUCGUAUCAAGAUCGGGCUGAACUCCAAAAUGCCUAGUCGUUUCCCUCCUGUGGUGUUUUACACCCCUAAAGAGUUGGGAGGACUGGGAAUGCUUUCAAUGGGACAUGUACUGAUUCCACAGUCUGACCUGAGAUGGUCCAAACAGACUGAUGUGGGCAUCACUCAUUUCCGCUCUGGUAUGAGUCAUGAAGAAGAUCAGUUGAUUCCUAAUCUGUACCGAUACAUCCAGCCAUGGGAAAGCGAGUUCAUCGACUCCCAAAGAGUUUGGGCCGAAUACGCACUCAAGCGUCAAGAAGCCAUUGCUCAAAACAGACGUUUGACACUAGAGGAUCUGGAGGACUCUUGGGACAGAGGUAUUCCUCGUAUUAACACCCUCUUCCAGAAGGACAGACACACUUUGGCCUAUGACAAGGGCUGGAGAGUCCGAACAGAUUUCAAGCAGUACCAGGUGCUGAAGCAAAAUCCUUUCUGGUGGACUCACCAACGGCAUGACGGAAAACUGUGGAAUCUGAACAACUACCGCACAGAUAUGAUUCAAGCACUUGGAGGAGUGGAGGGCAUUCUGGAGCACACUCUGUUCAAGGGAACCUAUUUUCCCACUUGGGAGGGUCUCUUCUGGGAGAAGGCCAGUGGUUUUGAGGAGUCCAUGAAAUGGAAGAAACUCACCAACGCUCAGAGAUCUGGUCUGAACCAAAUUCCUAACCGACGAUUUACUCUGUGGUGGUCUCCUACGAUCAACAGAGCUAAUGUAUAUGUGGGUUUCCAAGUGCAGCUGGACCUUACUGGAAUCUUCAUGCAUGGUAAAAUUCCAACCCUCAAGAUCUCUCUGAUCCAGAUCUUCAGAGCUCACUUGUGGCAGAAGAUUCACGAGAGUGUUGUCAUGGAUCUCUGUCAGGUGUUUGACCAAGAGCUGGAUGCCCUGGAAAUAGAGACUGUCCAGAAAGAGACCAUCCAUCCCAGGAAGUCGUACAAAAUGAAUUCCUCCUGUGCUGACAUUCUGUUGUUCGCUUCCUACAAGUGGAAUGUCUCUCGUCCUUCACUUCUGGCAGACUCAAAGGAUGUUAUGGACAGCACCACCACACAGAAGUACUGGAUUGACAUUCAGCUCAGAUGGGGUGAUUAUGACUCUCAUGACAUCGAGAGAUAUGCCAGGGCCAAGUUUCUGGAUUACACCACGGACAACAUGAGUAUUUACCCAUCACCCACCGGUGUCCUGAUUGCCUUAGAUCUGGCAUACAACCUGCACAGUGCCUAUGGAAAUUGGUUCCCUGGAGGCAAACCUCUGAUCCAACAGGCCAUGGCGAAGAUAAUGAAGGCCAAUCCGGCUCUGUAUGUGCUGAGAGAGCGUAUCCGCAAGGGUCUCCAACUCUACUCUUCAGAGCCCACUGAGCCUUACUUGUCCUCGCAGAACUAUGGAGAGCUCUUCUCCAACCAGAUCAUUUGGUUCGUGGAUGACACCAAUGUGUACAGAGUCACCAUCCACAAGACCUUUGAAGGCAACUUGACCACGAAACCGAUCAAUGGAGCCAUUUUCAUCUUCAACCCCAGAACUGGACAGCUUUUCUUAAAGAUUAUCCACACAUCUGUAUGGGCAGGACAAAAGCGUCUUGGACAGCUGGCUAAAUGGAAGACUGCUGAAGAAGUGGCUGCGCUUAUCAGAUCGCUGCCUGUUGAAGAGCAGCCCAAGCAGAUCAUUGUAACAAGGAAGGGAAUGUUGGAUCCACUUGAGGUGCACUUGCUGGAUUUCCCCAACAUUGUUAUCAAGGGCUCUGAGCUUCAGCUGCCUUUCCAGGCCUGUCUGAAGGUGGAGAAGUUUGGGGACCUAAUUCUGAAAGCCACAGAGCCUCAGAUGGUCCUGUUCAAUUUGUAUGAUGACUGGCUCAAGACCAUCUCCUCUUACACUGCUUUCUCUCGUCUGAUCUUGAUUCUGAGAGCACUUCAUGUGAACAACGACCGAGCCAAAGUUAUCCUGAAGCCUGACAAGACCACCAUCACAGAGCCUCAUCACAUCUGGCCCACUCUGACUGAUGAAGAAUGGAUCAAAGUUGAAGUGCAGCUCAAAGAUCUCAUCCUGGCCGACUAUGGCAAGAAGAACAAUGUAAAUGUGGCGUCCUUGACUCAGUCCGAGAUCCGAGAUAUCAUCCUGGGUAUGGAGAUUUCCGCUCCAUCCCAGCAAAGGCAGCAGAUAGCCGAGAUUGAGAAGCAGACCAAGGAGCAGUCUCAGCUAACGGCCACACAGACUCGCACAGUCAACAAACACGGAGAUGAGAUCAUCACUUCCACCACCAGCAACUAUGAGACGCAGACCUUCUCCUCCAAAACUGAAUGGAGAGUUAGGGCCAUCUCUGCUGCCAACUUGCACUUACGUACCAACCAUAUCUACGUGUCAUCGGAUGACAUCAAAGAGACGGGCUACACUUACAUCCUGCCCAAGAACGUUCUGAAGAAGUUCAUUUGUAUCUCAGAUCUGCGUGCUCAGAUUGCAGGGUAUCUGUACGGAACCAGCCCUCCAGAUAACCCUCAAGUGAAGGAGAUUCGCUGCAUAGUGAUGGUGCCACAAUGGGGUACACAUCAGACCGUCCACCUCCCUAACCAGCUGCCACAACACGAGUACUUAAAGGAAAUGGAGCCCCUUGGAUGGGUCCAUACCCAACCCAAUGAAUCGCCCCAGCUUUCCCCUCAGGACGUCACCACACAUGCAAAGGUCAUGGCUGACAACCCAUCCUGGGACGGCGAGAAGACCAUAAUUAUUACUUGCAGUUUUACACCAGGUUCCUGUACUCUGACGGCCUACAAGUUGACUCCCAGUGGAUAUGAGUGGGGCAGACAAAAUACAGAUAAGGGUAAUAACCCCAAGGGUUACCUACCGUCUCAUUACGAGAGAGUCCAGAUGCUCUUGUCCGAUCGCUUCCUGGGAUUCUUCAUGGUGCCUGGCCAGUGUUCAUGGAACUACAACUUCAUGGGUGUUCGCCACGAUCCCAAUAUGAAGUAUGAUCUACAGUUGGCAAACCCGAAAGAGUUCUACCAUGAGGUCCACCGACCGUCUCACUUCCUCAACUUUGCUUCGCUGCAGGAGGGUGAAAUCUACAAUGCUGACCGUGAAGACAUGUAUGGAUAAUUCCACAGACUAUAUACCAGCGCCCCACAGGCUAAAGCAAUGCUUUUGUGCUGUAUUUUCAUUAAGUCUCCAUACGUUUUACAGUAAUGUCAGCCUUCUGUUUUUUGCUUUGAAAUACUUGCCUGGAAUUGGGUUGAUCAUUCACAAAGCUAAACGCACAUUUGCGUGGCUUUCUGUCUGUAUAAUGUGAGCCUGAACUAUUGAUUCUCACCUAAAAAUAUCUGAAAUCUUUUUCAUAAUGAUUUGUACUUGUGUUUUAUAAAUCCGGAGUCAUUUGUCUGUACCCUGUAGCUAUGUUCUGCAUCUGUAGUUCGGGUUUAAAUAAAGGUUACAACUUUUAUAAGAA